UGACAUCGGACGAAAACGAAAACUCGAUGAGUGAAGACUCGUGAUAAUAACUUGAUUUCUCGCCGUCAUCGAGACAUCCAGCCUUGGCCAGAGCUCAGCCUCCCAAGGUGCACUGAGCUGGAGAGAGAGGCCAACAUGGCAGCCAAAGCAGGAGACAACCCUGACAGCCUCAUGUCGGUGGCAACGGUCUUCUGCCUGAGGAACCUCAGGAAGACCAUGUGCUACCAGGGAUUCAGGAGCAAGCUGAGUCUGCGCUCGGACAUCUUCCUUCCCAGCGAAAUCUGCGAUAAGCUGGUCAACACAUAUAUGGAGUUGGUCCACACAGACAGUAACUUUGAACCAGAAGAAAGCUUCUUCCAACUCUUCUCAGACCCUCGGAGCACCAGACUGACCCGGGUGCAGCUGAGAGAAGACUUUGUUCGGGACAGGGAUCUGGAGGCCAUUCGGAAACAGGACCUGAUUGAGCUCCACCUCACCUACUGCAACAGCCUGUCCUCCCGCAGCCUGAAAACACUCACCUGCUUCCGGGAGACCUUGGUGUCUCUUUGUCUCUUCGGCUGCAGCCACAUCUUCUACAGGAAGGGCGGCGCCCCGCUCGCCUGCAAUGAAGACACCGAGGACGAGGACGAGGAGAGCCCAGCUUCUCGGCAGGCUCUAGAGACAGACUUUAACUUCCAGGGGUUCAACCGCCUCCGGCUGCUCAAUUUAGGAGGCCUGCCUGACGAGGUGGACGCUGAGAACCUGCUCAAGCCCCUGAAGGCUCUCACCUCACUAGAUCUGUCUAAUGUACACUUGCUGGGGACAUCGUUUCUCACCCAGUGGAAAGAUAGACUGGCAUCUCUUGUUCUCUACAACGUGGACCUGUCAGAGGAGCUGGUCAGUACCGUGGUAGAGAUCACUAACCUCAGACACCUUGACGUCUCGCGGGAGAGCCGGCGGACCUCUAAGUGUAAGAUGACCAGGAAGACCCUGACGGCCAUCGUCCAGCGUCUGGUCCACCUGGUGUCGCUGGACGUCUCGGGGCACAUGAUGCUGGACAACUGCACCGUUCCACACUUUGAAGACGCGAUGGGUCGGCCGAGCAUCGAGCCUUGCAAAAGCAGCAUCUAUCCUUUCCAGGAGCUGAAGAGGCCGCUGCAGUUCCUGGGCCUGUACGACACCACCCUCUGUAAUGUGACCCACAUCCCUGCUUAUAAGGUGACUGGAUCAAAGAAUGAGGACCAGGUCCUGAAUGCCAUCGAGGUUUACACCGAGUUCCGCCCCGAGCUGGCCCAAAGAGCCAUCAACCAGCUGUUUGACAUCGCCAGGAUACAGCACUGCAGCCAGCUGCUGCGAGCUCUGCAGCUGGUCAUAGCAGCACUAAAGUGCCACAAAUAUGAUAAGAGCAUCCAGGUGACGGGCAGCGCCGCUCUGUUCUACCUGACCAACACCGAGUACCGCAGCGACCAGAGUGUGCGCUUGCGUAGGGAGGUCAUCCAGGUGGUCCUCAAUGGAAUGGAGCAGUACCAGGAGGUCACCGUCCAGAGGAACUGCUGCCUGACUCUGUGUAACUUCAGCAUUCCAGAGGAGCUGGAGUUCCAGUACAGUCGGGUCAACCAGCUGCUGCUGAAGAUCCUGGAGCCGGCCCGGCAGGACGAGUCCAUCCAGAGGAUCGCGGUGCACCUGUGCAACGCCUUGGUGUGUCAGGUGGACAACCACCACAAGGAGGCCGUGGGCAAGAUGGGCUUCGUCAAGACGAUGUUGAAUUUAAUCCAGAAGAAGUUACAGGACCGGCUGUGUGACCAGGUGAUGGAGUUCUCCUGGAGCGCUCUGUGGAACAUCACCGAUGAGACGCCUGAUAACUGCCAGAUGUUCCUCAACUGUCGGGGCAUGAGUCUGUUCCUGGAGUGUCUGCAGGAGUUUCCAGACAAACAGGAGCUUCACCGCAACAUGUUGGGGCUGCUGGGGAAUGUAGCUGAGGUGAAGGCUCUGAGGCCACAGCUGCUCACCCCCCAGUUCAUCUCAGUGUUCAGCGAGCUGCUGGGCAGUAAGGCCGAUGGCAUCGAGGUGUCCUACAACGCGUGCGGCGUGCUGUCCCACAUCGUGUUCGACGGGCCGGAGGUGUGGUCCAUGGAGGAGCCGCUCAGGGUCACGGUGAUGGACCAGAUGUGGGACGCCAUCCGGAGCUGGGACGUCAGCUCGCGGCGCAACAUCAACUACAGGUCCUUCGAGCCCAUCCUGCGCCUGCUGCCCCAGAGCAUCGCCCCGGUCAGCCAGCACUGGGCCACCUGGGCGCUCUUCAACCUGGUGUCGGUGUACCCAAGCAAGUACUGUCCCCUGCUGAUCAAGGAGGGAGGAGUCACUCUGCUGGAGAAGGUUCUGGAACUGGACAGCUCCGACCCGGAGACCAAGGACAUGGCCAGCAAAGUGAUGGAGCAGUGUGAGAACUUCAAAGAAGACCCCAUGGAAACCAGCCAGGAGGUGAACUCUGGCCAAAGAGGAUGACCUCACAGGAGCUAUGACAUCAUACUGAGGCCCCGCCCCCUGCCAGCACCACCAGGGGCAGUCAUGUGCAUUAUUCUUAUUAUUCUUAUGAUCUCGUAGAGCAACAAUGUGUCUCUGACCUCCUCCUGUGUGUGUGGCACAAUGAUGAUUUCUUUGUUAUAUAUGUAAAUAUGAAGUGUUUGUCUCUUACUGUGUGUAUGUUUUAUAAUGUAAUUAUAAACACUCAUAACUUUA